AUGCCGACCCUCCCCGAGACCCUCAGCCGCACCGAGUCGGUCGCGCACCUCACCCUCGUCGGCGCAUGUCUCGCGAUCCUCGCCAACACCUUCAGCGGCGACGGCGAACCCCUCGCCGCCUCCCUGGCCCUGAGCGGCAUCGCCUUCAGCCUCUGCUACUCGAUGAUCCGCUGGCUGGGCCCUACCUUUGUCAAGCACGGCUUCAAGGGCAAGGACCUCUGCAAGGCGAACAGGCCCGAGAUACCCGAGUGCAUGGGUGCUGUUUGCGCCGUGGUCUACUUGAUUGUGAUUAUCGUGUUUAUACCUUUUCCGUUUUACAAGGACAUUGUUGCCGCUACUAGUGGUGGUGGAAACAGAGAUGUUGUCCUGAAGGUUCAGCAUGUCAACGAGGGACGGUUCUUGCAUAGGUUCCCACAUAGUAAGCUGGCAUCCUAUCUAUCGGCGAUAAUAUCGCUCCAAACCAUCGCCCUCCUCGGACUCGGCGACGACCUCUUCGACAUCCGAUGGCGUCACAAAUGGUGGAUCCCCGGCCUCGCCUGCAUCCCUAUCCUCGUGGUCUACUUCGUCGACUUCGGCGUCACGUCCGUCGUCAUCCCGAUCCCCCUCCAGCCUUAUCUAGGCGAACUCUUCGACAUCGGUAACUUCUACUACCUCUACAUGGCCUGCGUCGCCAUGUUCUGCCCCCAGAGCAUCAACAUGCUCGCGGGCAUCAACGGCAUCGAAGUCUCCCAGUCCAUCGUCAUCGCCCUCCUCCUCGUCUUUAACGAUUGCCUAUACCUCUUCACGCCGUACCCUCAUCCGGCUACGGACUCCCACCUCUUCUCCCUCUACUUACUUCUCCCCUGGCUCGGCGUCUCCUUCGCCCUCCUCUACCACAACUGGUAUCCCGCCCGCGUCUUCGUCGGCGACACCUACUGCUACUUCUCCGGAAUGGUCUUCGCCGUCGUGGGCCUCCUUGGCCACUUUUCCAAGACGCUAGGCCUUUUACUCGUCCCGCAGUUCUUCAACUUCCUAUACUCCGCCCCGCAGGUCUUCGGCCUCGUCCCCUGCCCCCGCCAUCGCCUACCCAAAUUCAACGCCCGAACAGGCCUCCUCGAGCCUUCCGUCACAACCUGGGAUCCCGAGAACGGCGUCCAGCCUCGUUCCUUCGUCGCCCCCGUCCUGCUUCUUCUCGCUCGCCUGCGCCUCCUCAAGGUUACUCUCGACAAGGAGGGACGCUUCCUCGAGACGAGCAACUUUACCCUGCUGAACCUCUGGCUCGUCAUCAGGGGCCCCAUGAGGGAGGAUCGCCUUGCUACUGAGGUUACGGGCCUGCAGUUCGUUCUUGGCCUUCUUGGUUUGUUUGCGAGGCAUAGGCUUGCCCUUCUAGUCUUUAAGGAGGAUAACUUGGGCAAGACGCAUCUAUGA